GUUGCCACGCGGGAAGGAACAAAUCAUACAUCAUGGACGACGACGUUGCAGCAAUCGUAAUUGACAAUGGAUCUGGGAUGUGCAAAGCUGGAUUUGCCGGAGAUGAUGCCCCAAGAGCAGUUUUUCCAUCAAUUGUUGGACGUCCUCGUCAUCAGGGAGUUAUGGUCGGAAUGGGCCAGAAAGAUUGUUAUGUUGGAGAUGAAGCACAAAGUAAAAGAGGCAUCCUCACUUUGAAAUAUCCAAUUGAACAUGGUAUCGUCACAAAUUGGGAUGAUAUGGAGAAGAUCUGGCACCACACAUACUACAAUGAACUGAGAGUAGCACCAGAGGAACACCCAUCAUUGCUCACAGAAGCUCCGCUCAAUCCAAAAGCCAACAGAGAAAAGAUGACGCAAAUCAUGUUUGAAACUUUUAACUCGCCUGCCACAUAUGUAGCCAUCCAAGCCGUUCUGUCUUUAUACGCGUCUGGAAGAACCACAGGGAUAGUGUUAGACUCUGGCGAUGGUGUCACACAUACGGUUCCAAUCUAUGAAGGUUAUGCACUUCCUCAUGCUAUCCUCCGUUUAGAUUUAGCUGGACGAGAUUUAACCGAUUAUCUCAUGAAGAUCUUAACAGAGAGGGGGUAUUCAUUCACAACUACCGCUGAAAGAGAAAUUGUAAGAGAUAUAAAGGAAAGGCUUUGUUAUGUGGCUUUAGAUUUCGAACAAGAAAUGUCCACCGCGGCGUCGUCAUCGUCACUAGAAAAGAGUUAUGAACUACCAGAUGGACAAGUUAUUACAAUUGGAAAUGAAAGAUUCAGAUGUCCGGAGUCUGUACUUCAGCCAUCCUUUUUGGGAAUGGAAUCGGUCGGAAUUCAUGAAACUACGUACAACUCUAUAAUGAAAUGUGACGUGGAUAUCCGAAAGGAUCUGUAUGCAAACACCGUUUUGUCAGGAGGGUCCACAAUGUAUCCAGGCAUUGCCGACAGAAUGCAGAAAGAAAUCACUUCUUUGGCACCAAGCACCAUGAAAAUUAAAAUCAUUGCACCUCCGGAGAGAAAGUAUUCCGUAUGGAUAGGAGGAUCGAUCUUAGCAUCACUCUCGACCUUCCAGCAGAUGUGGAUCAGCAAAGAAGAGUACGACGAAGCAGGACCAAGUGUCGUUCAUCGAAAAUGUUUCUAAACUGUAAUAUUAUCUUAAGAUAUGCCAGUGUUAUGCAUAUAUGACCGAUAUUAAAUAACAGUAGAUAUUGAUAAUGAUUAUGAAAUGUUAUACAAAUUAUUAAACUGUAAACAUUUAGAA